CGAUUUGGCAGUGCUGGGAAUGUAGAUUAAUUACGAAGUGGUCACGUGGGCCGUGAUGAAUUCCGGUACUAAAAACAUCAAAAUAUAAAGCGGUUUGAAGAUAUUCUCUCCUCGUUCUUCAAAGCCUGUGUUUGGCUUCUGACCAAUGGGAGAGGAGUAUUUGCAGCAGUUCCUGGAUGAGACCACUUUUUACAACAGCAUUGUGUUGGGAAACCUUUUGCCUACCAAGCUGUGGGAACCACUCCCGCAUUUCUUGCAAACUUGGCUGCGUAACUACAGUGCUGGGACUUUGCUUUACUUCGUCUCCGGUUUCCUUUGGUGCUUCUAUAUUUACUACUUGAAACGCAAUGUUUAUGUUCCCAAAGAUGCCAUCCCUACAAAUAAAGCGAUGCUAUUGCAAAUAUAUGUUGCUAUGAAGGCAAUGCCUUGGUACUGUGCUCUUCCAACUCUUUCUGAAUACAUGGUUGAAAAUGGCUGGACAAAAUGUUUUGCUACAAUAAGUGAGGUUGGUUGGCUUCCCUAUGUAAUAUAUUUAUCUAUUUAUCUUGUGGUGGUGGAGUUUGGGAUCUACUGGAUGCAUAGAGAGUUGCAUGACAUAAAACCUUUAUACAAGUAUCUUCAUGCAACCCAUCACAUCUACAACAAGCAGAAUACUCUUUCUCCAUUUGCUGGUUUGGCUUUUCAUCCUCUGGAUGGAAUACUGCAGGCGGUACCUCAUGUUAUAGCACUCUUUAUUGUGCCAACCCAUUUUACAUCUCAUAUUGGACUCUUAUUCCUUGAGGCCAUCUGGACAGCAAACAUUCAUGAUUGCAUCCAUGCCAACCUGUGGCCUGUAAUGGGUGCUGGCUACCACACCAUUCACCACACUACAUAUCGCCAUAAUUAUGGUCAUUACACCAUAUGGAUGGAUUGGAUGCUUGGAACCCUACGUGACCCUGUUGACGAUGAAGGCAAGAAGGUGAUGUAGUUGUAUUCGUGCUCAUCUUGACAAUUCCCGGUUUGUGUCUUGAAAAUUUUUCUUUUUGAUUUUCGGGUUAGGUAUGCAUGUUGAUUGCUUCUAAUAUUUGUGGUCCUUGAGUGUACAUUGUGUUGGUCAUAGUUUUAAACCGUCCUUGUCUAGAAAGUUGGUACUGCAUAAGCUAGCUCAGUGUUUAGGGAAGCCUUGAUCUCCCUCUGUGUUACUAGUCCUAAGCCCCUGCAGCCUAGAUGGUCAGGGUAAUAAAUUUUUGCACAAUUUGUUGGGCGCUGUCUAAGUGGAAUACUUUUCUCCUAAUUGGAGAUAUGUUAACCAACAAAACUGUGCUUUAUACAUGUAUCUUUCCUCCA